GUGCAUUUGUGUCUGUGUAAAACCAAAUGUUAAAUUAAAACAUUGACUUUUGCGGCCAAGCAACAAUUGUGAUACAAUAUUAAUUCUGCGGUUUCACAAUGCCUACACCGGUGUGUGUGUGUGCUUGAAAAUUCAAUGGAACAAAUUGGCUAAUCGUGCGAGUGAAUAAGAACAAUUUUGUGACGCUUGCAAAUAAAAAAAAAAGGAAAAAAAAGUGAACGCGUAGCAGAGCAGCGCUGCUGCAGAGCUAAACACACACACACAAAUAGAAGCGCUUGCAAAAGUGAACUGUGACGUCGAUAGCAAAUAAACAAAGCAUUAAAUAGGCAAUUUUUUUUUUACACAAAUCAUUAGCUGGCGGUGAAAAGUGGAGAAAAAUGCAUCAGCUAAAGCAACGCGCAUGAAUUGAAUCGAGCAGUCGCAGCGCUGCCGCGGUAGCAGCAGCAGACGUCGACGCCGACGCCACUAUAGGUAUGCUGCAGUAAAGCAAACAGAGUUGCUAGCUCAGCACGCCGCGACGGCACAGCCGACAGCCGAAACGUAACAUUUGCCAAAGAUUAGGUACUUCUAGUAAUUAGAGCAGUCCGGACUUCGAUUGCACAAUCAAUUGAAACGUAUCACAAAUCUCAACUAUAAUAUGACUUCCCGACUUGAUCGCCUUUUCAUACUGCUCGAGUCGGGCUCGACGGCGGCGACGCGGCAAGCGGCCGCCAAGCAGAUUGGUGAGGUUCAAAAGCUAUAUCCACAUGAGCUGCACGCGUUGCUUAACCGGCUCGUCGGCUAUUUGCACAGUGCGUCGUGGGAGACGCGGAUUGCAGCGGCGCAGUCGGUGGAGGCGAUACUGAAACAGGUGCCGCCCUGGCAACCGGAACAGCCUUUGGGCAUCAUUCUCAAUUUGAAGAAGGAACGCACCGCCAGCGAUGCCACCGAGGAGGACAGCUGUCAAUCGAAUGCUUCUUCAUCCACAACGACGACCACGCUGUGCCGCAGCAGCAGCGAACGUUUGCUCAGCUUCGAUGAAUUCGAUCUGCAGCAGAUAUUGCAGAAGGGCGCCCGUCUCAUCGGCUCUGAGGGCAAUGAGUUCGAUGUCCAAGAGGAGCAGCCCGCCAGUGGCGGCGGGGCCGAGGAUCAGAGUGUCGCCGCACGCCUAAGUCGCCAGCGAGCGCUGCUCAACGACAAGCUGGGACUGACCACUGCCGCAAAGCUGGGCGUCCAUCUCACCGACAUGAUCAGUGACGAGGAUGUGGCUCUCGCCCGUUCCGGCACCAGCUACAAUGUUAAUGCCGAGAAACUGCCGGUGGAGCAUCUACUCAACAUUCAGCCGGCCAAUGGAAAGGGAGGCGCAGCUGCUGCUGCUGCUGCUGGCCACAAGCUGAGCUGUCGUGAAAUGAAUCGAGCCAAGCGCAAAGCGCGGCAAGGCAGCUCCACCACUGGUGGCGGUGGCGGUGGCGGCACCACAGUGACGCCCACCUGCAGUCGACGCAACUCUAAUAAUAAUAAUAGCAACAACAGCAAUAACAACAACAACAGCAACGGCAACACCACAUCGGAUGAGCCAGAGAAGAAGAAACUGAAGGCAAACGACAGACAAGAGGUCUUCUAUAGCUUAAACGCCGCUGUGCCAGAUGUAACGGGGAUGUGGGUCGAUGCUGUGUCUUGGCCCUUGGAGAACUUUUGUGCUCGGCUCUUCAUUGAUCUCUUUCACGCCAAAUGGGAGGUGCGUCACGGUGCGGCGACAGCACUGCGCCAGCUAAUCAAUCUGCACGGCAAGGGGGCAGGGAAGUGUGUGCAACAGAGUCAGGAACAAAUGCACGAGGCACACGGUCGCUGGCUGGAGGAUGCAGCACUCCGAUUGCUCUGCGUACUGUGCCUGGAUCGUUUCGGUGACUUUGUCUCCGAUCAGGUGGUCGCGCCAGUCCGCGAGACAUGCGCCCAAGUGCUUGGCACCCUGGUGAAGGCCAUCGAUGAGCCCAAGGUGCAUCGCAUUGUGGACAUUCUGCUGCAGCUGAUACGACACAAAAACGAAUGGGAGGUGCGCCAUGGCGGACUGCUCGGCCUGAAGUAUGUGUUCGUGGUGCGUGAAGAACUGCUGCCCAUUUACCUGCCCAAAUCCAUACCGGACAUACUGCUGGGUCUGCUCGAUCCCGUCGAUGAUGUGGGUGCUGUGGCUGCCGCCACUCUAAUACCAGUUGCCAUGUGGCUGCCCAAGCUACUGAGUACCGCACAGGUGUCGUCCAUUGUGAAGAUGCUGUGGGAUCUGCUCGUCGAUCAGGAUGAGCUGACCUCGGCCUGCAAUAGUUUCAUGGGCUUGUUGGCGGCCAUACUCUGUCUGCCGAAGGCGGCCAGCUGGAUACAGAUGGAUCCGAUGGGCACGCUGGUGCCGCGCCUCUUUCCCUUCCUAACGCACAGCACCAGCUCGGUGCGUCGCUCCACGCUAAAGACGUUGCUCACCCUGACGAGCAGUGGCGACGAGCCAAGCAGCGAAUCCAACUUUGGCGUCGUCGACUGGAACGCGCAGUUAUUGCAGCAGGCGCUGCGUCACAUCUAUCAGCGUAUGCUUGUUGAGCCGCAGGCGGACAUUCAAACGCUGGCGCAUCGUGUCUGGGCCAAUCUCAUCGAGCACGCCGAUUUGGGUGCCCUACUGCACGCCGCCUGCCCCUUUGUUUCGUCCUGGAUAUGCCUGGCCAUGCAGCCACCGCGUCUCUCCUUCGAUCCGGCCGUGCUCAUUCGUGCCGUUGCCGGCGGUGGCGUAGAUGCAGCAACAAACGCAUCCGCGACAAAUGUGCGCCGGCGUCCGCUGCGCAUUGGCGAUGAUCUGGGCGGUGCCGCCUUGGCCCAAAGCAAUGCCAUGCAGAAGCUGUAUUUGGGCGGCAGCGAGGCGACGCCGUCGGAGCAGCGAGAGGCAAACUUUGUGCGUGCCCGGAUCACGGCAUCGCGAGCUCUGGGCGCCCUCUCCCAUUAUCUGGUGCAGCCGGCGCCGGGUGUGCUCUAUACGCCGCAGGUGGAGAGUCCCACGGAUUGCUAUACGAAGGUGGUGCUCGGCCAUUUGAACGCCCAUUCGGCGGUGCAGCGCAUUGUGUGCGGCUUGAUCAUCGCUUUCUGGGCGCUAGACGAUGAGCCUGUGCGUCCCGGGCCGCCCAAUCUGCAGGAGAAGCUGCAUCAGUGUGUGUCCGAGUAUUUCUACUACGAUGAGGUGGCCAUGUCGUUGACCCGGCUGCUGCAGGAGGCACAGGACUUUAUAGCGACGCUGAAGCAGAGCAAAAUACCCAUCAAUGACUUCAACAAUGCCAAGAUUCUGACGCUCGACCAGAUUGAGGCGGUGGCCACCACGCUCAGCGACAAUCUGCGCAGCUAUGCUCUAAAGCCGAAGGUGCUGGACACGCUCCUCGAGCGCCGACGCAGCCUGCAAGCGUCGUAUCAACAGACGACUAGUGAACAGGGCGCCUACCAUGUCAGCGCCCAGGCGGCCCUGGCCGGCGCCAUCUGUGCCCUGCACUGCCUGCCGGACAAACUGAAUCCGGUUGUCAAGCCACUCAUGGAGUCAAUAAAGCGGGAACAGUGCCUGCCACUGCAGCAGCUGUCCGCCGACUUCUUGGUGCAUCUCAUGGACCAAGUCUGUGAUAGGAAUCCUAGUCCCAAUAGCAAAAUCCUAAACAAUCUGUGCACCCUGCUCCGGAGCGAUACGGACCACACGCCCAAGCUGUUGAUGCCUGCUCACACGCUGCUGGAGACACGUUCCACUGCCACGGUUAGUGGCAAUGACCUCUGCGACUACUACGGCAUUCUGACGCUCAAGCAGCAGCAGCAGGCGACACGCAACAAUAGCAGCAGCAGCGGCAACAGUUGCGGCGCCAAUGCACGAGCUGGCGGAGCAGCGACGUCAACACUGACACCAGCACCACGGGGUCCUGGCAGACCGCCGGCCAGUGAGAUUCUGGCUGCUGCUGCCGCAGCCGCGGCCAGUGUUGAGAUUAGCACCCAGCAGGCCAAAGAGGCGGAGGCGCGUCAGUGUCGGAUUCAGCGUUUGGGUUCGGCCAGCGCCAUUGCCAAGCUGUGCAGUGCGUUUGGGGAGCGCAUCGUGGAGAAGGUGCCUAUCUUUCAGCAGCUGAUGUUCGGCAAACUGGAGCAGUUUGUGGCUAAAACGGAUGCACAGGCGCUGGCCAGCACGUUGCCCGAUCUGGCGGCCUGCAAUGAGCUGAUUAGCUCGAUGCAACUGAUCGAAACGGCGGCGCCGCAUCUGCACGCAUCGUUGCAUGGCGAGCUGUUUGCGCUGCUGCCCCAUCUAGGCUUCGUUGUGCGGCAUCCGCUCAAGGUCUUGCGUCACAUGGCGGCACGUUGCAUUGCCGCCCUGGCCGAGAUUGAUGCAUGUCGCACGAUGCAAUUUGUCGUUGAUGAGCUGCUGGCGCUGCUGCUCAAAAUUGAGCGACCCAUUGAACGACAGGGCGCCGUGGAGACGAUUGAGCGGGUCGUGAAUCGUUUGCAGAUCCGUGUUGUGCCAUAUAUUGUGCUGCUCGUGGUGCCGCUGCUCGGCGCUAUGAGCGAUUCUGAUGAGUCUGUGCGCCUGCUCGCCACCCACUCCUUUGCCACACUCAUCCAGCUAAUGCCGCUCGACAGCACCAGCAGCAGUAGCAGCAGUGGAAAGGCGACGCAACAGCAGAUCAUCAAGAGCGAGCCGCUGCAGGAGCGCAAGACACGCGAUCGCGAGUUCCUCGACUAUCUGUUUGCACCCAAGACGAUUCCGGAUUACCGAGUGCCGGUGGCGCUGAGCGUGGAGUUGCGUGGCUAUCAGCAGGCUGGCAUCAACUGGCUGUGGUUCCUCAACAAGUACAAUUUGCAUGGCAUUCUCUGCGAUGAUAUGGGUCUGGGCAAGACGCUGCAGACCAUCUGCAUAUUGGCCGGCGAUCAUGUGCAGCGGCAGGAGGCCAAUGCGUCACCGCUGCCCAGCCUGGUCAUUUGUCCACCCACCCUUACCGGCCACUGGGUAUACGAGGUGGAGAAAUUUUUGGCACCCCAAUCGCCGGUGUUGCGACCGCUGCACUACUUUGGCUUUCCCGUUGGACGCGAGAAGUUGCGCAGCCAAAUUGGCACCACUUGCAAUCUGGUGGUUGCAUCGUACGACACCGUACGCAAGGACAUUGACUACUUUAGUAGCAUACACUUCAAUUACUGUGUCCUCGACGAGGGACACAUCAUCAAGAACGGCAAAACGAAGAGCUCCAAGGCCAUUAAACAGUUGAAGGCCAAACAUCGGCUAAUCCUCUCUGGCACACCCAUACAGAACAAUGUGCUUGAGUUGUGGUCACUGUUUGAUUUCCUAAUGCCUGGCUUCCUCGGCACCGAGAAGCAGUUCAUUCAACGCUAUUCCCGUCCUAUUCUAGCGUCGCGCGACGGCAAAACCUCACCCAAGGAGCAGGAGGCCGGUGUGUUGGCCAUGGAGGCGCUGCAUCGCCAGGUGCUGCCAUUCCUGUUGCGUCGCGUCAAGGAGGAUGUGCUCACCGAUCUGCCGCCCAAAAUCACACAGGAUCUGUUGUGCGAACUGAGUCCGCUGCAGUUGCGCCUCUACGAAGACUUUAGCAAUAAACACCUGAAAGACUGUUUGGAUAAGUUGGAUGAUACGGAGAAUCUCGGCACCAAAUCGCACAUAUUCCAGGCGCUACGCUAUCUGCAGAACGUCUGCAAUCAUCCCAAGCUGGUGCUGCGCCAGCCGAGCGAUGAUCUCAGCAGCAGUGUCGCCGCCCAGCUGGCACUCACCAAUAGCACUCUGGACGACAUCGAGCACUCGGCCAAGCUGCCUGCCUUAAAACAACUGCUUUUGGACUGCGGCAUUGGGGUGCAGACGGAGUCAGUCAGCCAGCAUCGGGCGCUCAUCUUCUGCCAGCUGAAGGCCAUGCUGGACAUUGUGGAGCACGAUUUGUUGCGCAAACAUUUGCCCAGGGUCACUUAUCUGCGACUGGAUGGCAGCGUGCCAGCUUCCAUGCGACAGGAUAUUGUGAACAACUUCAACAGCGAUCCCAGCAUCGAUGUCCUGCUCCUGACCACUUUGGUGGGUGGCUUGGGCCUGAAUUUGACUGGUGCCGAUACCGUCAUCUUUGUGGAGCACGACUGGAAUCCCAUGAAGGAUCUGCAGGCCAUGGAUCGUGCGCAUCGCAUUGGCCAAAAGAAGGUGGUCAAUGUGUAUCGCCUGAUCACACGCAACUCGCUCGAGGAGAAGAUCAUGAGCCUGCAAAAGUUUAAAAUUGUCACAGCAAAUACGGUGGUGAGUGCCGAGAAUGCCUCGCUCCAGACCAUGGGCACCUCGCAGAUCUUCGACCUGUUCAAUGGCGGCAACAAUAAUAAGUCACAGGGAGCAGCAGGCACAGCUGCAGCCGCUGGCAGCGCUGGUAGCAUGUCCAUGAACACAUUCAUUGAGAACUUGCCGGAGCUAUGGUCCGAACAUCAGUAUGAGGAGGAAUACGAUCUAGGCAACUUUGUGCAGACGCUGAAGAAGUGAAGCAGCCACAACUUGUUCCCAGCUUGGCAACCACAUAUACACAUACACACAUACACACAUACACCCACACACAUCUACUUACUCAUAAUCAAAAGCUACAUUUACAAUGAAAAUAAUGAGUCAAGUUUCUUGUUUUAAUUUGAUGAGCACUUUCUUGACUCUGUUUUGGAAUGUUUUCUUUUGUUCCUUUGUAGUAGUUGCCCAUAAAAGUGUCGAAAUUUAUAAUAAAAACAUUUGAAGUAAAA